AUGACCACACAGAAGCAAGUCGUUGAGCGGCAUGGACCCCGACAAAGUCUGGCAUGUAUUCCAGCAGCUCUAGAGCAAAUAGAGCAAAUACAGGAAUAUGCUACACUUCCGAGCAAUAGGUCAAGAUCUGCCUGCGGACUACUGUAUCCAAUCUCUUUUUAUGAGGUUCCCAACACUUUUGAGCACGACGAGACUCUGGUCAACGUCGACGAUCAAGAGGACAUCUCUUCGACAAACGGAGAGAUACAGGAAGGCAGCAUCGAAAACAUUCACGGAGAAGCAAGCUCACCAACAACUCAACAAGACGACGAAGAUGAUGAAGGAGAAAACAAUUGGUCACCAAACACCUCCGACAACUCAUCGCAAGACCAAGAUACCUCUUUAUGGUCCAACGCCACAGACCCCUGGUAUCCAUCCACACCAUCAUCACCAGUGGCUUACACAGAACCUCCCAUCCCUUUACCUGCCCCAAACACCUUAACAUCAACUUACCUCCCUUUCUCCUCCCACCUCGCACUAACAAACCACUUCACCCCUUUAGCCCUGCACCCCUUGGUGUGCACCCCAAUCUUCCUGCACAGUAUGCUUCAAUUGCCUUGCGCACUCUCCACCCUCCUCAACCUCCGCACAUCAGAAGUUGUAUGCCGCUUAACACCCGCUAUCCUACUCGACCACACAACAUACCUGGACUCCUCGACUCUGCUGCCUUCGCUGGUCAAGUCUACAGCAUUCUCGACUUAUCCUCGUGUGCAAGGGCUGCUCUACUUUCCUGAGCACGCUGGAGUUAUGGAGCAGAUUGGCGAGUUCUUUGCUGUCUAUCACAAGGCACAGCUCGAGAUGAGGAAGGUGCAGACACAAGUCGAGGAUACAGAGGGGAAGCGUCAUGAUAUCACUGCUUGGGCAUGGGUGGCUGCAGCUGCCGAAGGAGAAGAGCAGUGGUGGACUUUAGAGGAUUUUGUGGCGGGCAGAAUUAUUGGAUUCGAAAGCGUGGAGUGGUGA